AUGGGUAUCAUUGCCGAGCCUUGUUUACUGAUGCGUCGACUUGUUUUGCAGGAGCGGUCCAAAUCGAACCUGGCGUCCUUCCUGCAACCCUUUGAGAGCACACUCUGGGUCCUGGUUGGGGUCUCCGUAAACGUGGUCGCCUUUCUGCUCUACAUACUGGACCACUUCUCAGCCCUGAACUACCUCAGGCGGGCCAAGUUGAAUUUAGCUUCUCCACGUCUGCCUUCCAACACCGACCCCCCCACCUCCACCACCGUCCCUGGUGUGUCGUCUGAGACGGAGGAGAAGAAGACCCCGGCGGCCCCGGGGUCAGACAAACCAGAGGACGGCUUCACUCUCAGCUCCUCCAUGUGGUUCACAUGGGGCAUCCUCCUCAACUCCGGCAUCAGUGAGGAGACUCCGAAGGCCUUUUCCACGCGGGCCCUCGGCAUGGUGUGGGCGGGCUUUGCAAUGAUCAUAGUGGCCUCCUAUACGGCCAAUCUGGCUGCCUUCCUGGUGUUGGAUAGGCCUGAGGCCUCUAUCUCAGGCAUCGAUGACGCCCGUGUAAGUUGCUGCACUUUAUACUACUACUUAUACUUUUACUACUACUACUACUCAGAAGCAGAAAAAGCGAUCACUGGAACAAUAAUUUCAUUUUCUUGA